UCCAGGUAUCAGUUCCUCACCCUGAUGAAACUCUAGAUGUGAGAAAGAGGGGAAGUUCACCUGAGAACCACCUAUAGGAUUUUAUGGGUGGUUCUAAUAAAUACUCAUAUAGUGUGGAGUGGACAUUUCCAAGCACUUCCUGUUGGCUUUGGCUGUGUUUUCAUGCAGCCACCUGUUCCUCAUUUGAACACAAGGUAAACACGAUGAAGAAGGCUGAACAGCAGACUUGGCUAGUUGCCCGGACACACAGCUCACAGUGAAUUGGAGCAUAUUGGUUACACUGAAUGGGACAGAUGAUUUUUAUUUUUUUUCUCCUCUCCUUUUCAUGUGCAGCUUAGCCUUGGCAGGAUAAUAGCACUGCAAUCACUGGUGCGUUGGGGCUCUUGUGGCUCUCAGCACUUCCCUUUCAGGCCUGGCUUAUCCUCAGCGCACUGUCAGCAUCAGGAUGAGUGAGCUUUAAUGCAGCUUCCGGGCAAAGACUGAUCACUUCCAACAAACCCCACAAGGUUCAGAGAAACAUGCAGGAAAACAUGUGCAACAGACUACUUUACUGCACAAUAAUCUCAAACAGGACAUUUGGCUUUUGUCCCUUUUCUGACUAGUUUGUAUGCAAUCCUUGUCUUUGUCCGAGGUCUUGCAGAAGAACAAAUAACUCAAUUUUCGGACAUCUGCAUGGCAAAACUAGUCGAUGUGUUUUUGGUAGACGAGGAGAUGACCUUUUGCAGCAAAGAUGUGUGUAUCAGCCUUACAGUAUGUGGUGUCAGUGCAUGAAAUGUCUCACAAAAUACUUCAAUGCAUUGCAGACAAACAAUGGUCAGAGACUAACUGUAUUGGUGAAGUCUGUGCCUUUGCUGGGUGUCUCUGCUUGUUCAACAAGUAAGAACAGGCCCUUCUAACACACUCCUAUACCCAGUGUUGGGAAAACUCCUUUAAUAGCUUUAUGGGAUGCAAUAUAACUUAGCGCUGGAAGAAGUUGAAAUACAGCAAAGUCACCCUGGGGAGGAAUUUGGUUAAAGCUAAACCCUAGCCUAACAGGAAGGAGAAAUUCAGAUGUGUGUGAUACAGGUUUAUCACAAAAGAUGAUUGAAGUUACAACAAUGGCACUCAAUUGAGUUGAUUUGAAAAGGUGAUCUGUCUUUCACGGGUCCAAAUCAUUAAAUACCGCACAAAGAAAAAGGAGAUGAACUGGUCAAUGGGUUCUAAACAGUAGACAAGCAAAGGUAUAUACAAAGAAAUGUUGCUCCUUUUAUUGCCCACAAUAUACAGAUAACAACACAAAAAAAGGUAAAAAAGUAAAAUAGAUGCUUGAAUCACUUUGAAAAUAUAAAGAUGAACUACCAGCCAUCUACUGCAAACUUGGUUAACCUUCUACAUUAACUUCACUAAUCCCCAACCCUACCAUCCUCUGCUGCCUCUCCCAAAACAUCCUCAAGUCUCAUGGCACUGAGUCAGUGACAUGGAUUAUGCAAUACCUGGGUUACAAAAGGAUACAGCCCAAAGAGGAAGUAACAUCGGAAACAAUAAAUACAAAGACAAUAUGUAAACAACUGUCUUAAGUGUAUGAAUACUGCAUGGUGAACGCUUUGCCACAUUUUGAAUUACAAAAUGGAAAUUGAAGGAUUCAAUUAGCCUGAAAAAAACCCUUAAAGUUUAAGGUUUUUUUUGUAGCUGUGGAAAUUACUUUUAGUAGGCUACUUCACUGCAGUACAAGUUUAAGGUAUUUGUGCUUUUCCUAAAAAAGUACAAUGGUUGUAUAAAAAUAUCAUGCGUGAUAGACCACCUACUACACAGAAUCAUACAAAAACAAUUAAGAUCAGCCAUAACAUCUAUCUAAAUGUAAAUUUGACAUAUUGGAAUAAUGGCAUAAUUCAUACCACUUUAACUUUUUGAAUGCAAGGCCUUUACUUGUAAUUGCUAUUUUACUUGAAUAAAUGACCAGAACACGCCUCCCACCAAUUAUUUUGGUAUUUCCUAUAGACUUUUUAAGAUUAAGCAACAUUGUCCCCUUCAAAAAGUGUUGUAAUGUAGGCAUUAGCGCCCUCUAUUGGAUAUACUCUGCACACUUACAAGAGAGGAACAUAAGAAUAACAUGUUUAUUGUCUAAACACUAAACUAUUUUAACUAACCGGUCCAUCACUGUCGUCAACCUUUUUUGUAUCGUGUUUCCGAAUGUUAGGAACUUUUAACAGACUUUGCCACACUCAACAUGGCGAUGUCUCCGUCCCUCUCACUUAGUUCGUACGUAACACACUGCGUCAGUCGUGCGUAAAGUCGUGUUGACAAGAGCGGUAGGAGUUGUCAGCGGAACAGCAGCAGCCAGCAUCACCGGAGCCGAAUGGAGUAACCACAAAUAUAUUAUUCCAGACAGCGUCUCUGUUCCUCUUUAGAAGCAGUGUUUACACAGUUCAAACAACGACACCAUGGCAGACGACCAGGCCUCUCAAUCCUGGACCAUCGACAGGGAUGACUACGAACUCAAUGAGGUGAUAGGGAGUGGAGCCACUGCAGUCGUCCAGGCAGCGUACUGCAAGCCGAGAAAGGAGAAGGUGGCCAUCAAACGCAUCAACCUGGAGAAGUGUCAAACCAGCAUGGAUGAGCUCCUGAAAGAGAUCCAGGCCAUGAGCCAGUGCCACCACCCGAACAUCGUGUCUUAUUAUACCUCCUUUGUGGUGAAGGAUGAGCUGUGGCUGGUGAUGAAGCUGCUCAGUGGAGGCUCAGUGUUGGACAUCAUCAAGCAUAUCAUCUCUCGCGGCGAGCACAAGACCGGAGUGUUGGACGAGGCUAGCAUCGCCAGUAUCCUGAAAGAAGUCUUGGAGGGGCUGGAGUACCUUCACAAAAACGGGCAGAUUCACCGGGAUCUAAAAGCUGGAAACAUCCUUCUUGGGGACGAUGGCUUUGUGCAAAUUGCUGACUUCGGUGUGAGUGCCUUUCUAUCAGCUGGAGGAGACAUGACCAGGAACAAGGUCCGGAAGACGUUUGUGGGGACGCCGUGUUGGAUGGCGCCCGAGGUCAUGGAGCAGGUCCGCGGCUACGACUUCAAAGCCGACAUCUGGAGUUUCGGAAUAACAGCCAUCGAACUGGCCACUGGGGCUGCACCAUAUCACAAAUACCCACCGAUGAAGGUGCUGAUGCUGACUCUGCAGAACGACCCUCCCUGUCUGGAGACAGGCAUCACAGACAAGGAUAUGGUGAAGAAGUAUGGCAAGUCCUUCCGGAAGAUGCUCUCUCUGUGUUUACAGAAAGAUCCAGAAAAAAGGCCAACUGCAGCCGAGCUGCUGAAGCAUAAAUUCUUCACUAAAGCCAAAAACAACGAGUACUUGCAGGAGCGUCUUCUACACAAAGGUCCAACAAUAACGGAGCGAUCCAAAAAGGUGCGUCGCGUGCCCGGCUCCAGCGGCCGUCUCCACAAGACGGAGGACGGCAGCUGGGAGUGGAGCGACGACGAGCUGGACGAGGAGAGCGAGGAGGGCAAAGCUGCUGUGGCGGCUCUGCGGUCCCCCAGAGUGAAGGACGGCUCCGAGAAUAUGGAGCUUUUCCCGCCAGCAGAUGGCUCCUCACAGCAUCUGCAGCCCCCCGGUGCGGCACCCCAGCCGGGGGAGGAGGCUCCAGCGCCGGUUCCCACUCAGACGGCGAGCCCCUCACAUGCACCCCCUGCUCAGGAUCCUGCUGCAGGCAAUGCCAGUGUUCCCAUCAGCCUCGUCCUGAGACUGAGGAAUCCCAAGAAGGAACUCAACGACAUCCGGUUUGAGUUCAUGUCCGGCAGAGAUUCAGCCGACGGAGUUUCUCAGGAGUUGGUCUCCGCGGGUCUGGUUGAUGGGAGGGACUUAGUCAUUGUCGCUGCCAAUUUGCAAAAGAUUGUCGAUGAUCCGCUUGGUAACAAAAAUGUGACUUUUAAACUGGCAUCUGGCGUGGAGGAGUCUGAAAUUCCCGAUGAUAUUAAACUCAUUGGAUUUGCGCAGCUCAGCAUCAGUUAAGUCAAGGUCAGCCAUCAACAGAGGAUAGAAACUAAUGGUAUUGCACAGCUGCAUUGUAGUAAAUUCCAAGAAACCACUACUGCCAAAGAGAGGGCGAGGAAGACGAUGAUGAUGAUGAGGAGUCGGGAAGCUGGCAGGAGUGCAACACUACUGCAGGAUGCAUGAGGACCACAUUGAGAAGGGGCUCAGUUCAUUACAGGAAUCACACUUGAAACGUUUACAGUGCGCUUAUACAGUGAAUGGGAGAAGAGAUGCAAUCAACUAUAUCAACUCCUAAUUUCUUCUUCUUCUUUCUUUUGCUUCAUACCUAAGCACAAUCCAAACCAUCUCCUGCCAGUACUGGAAGCGAUUGCCUUUUCUUUUUUAAAUCAAAUGUGCCACAACACUCACAAGAGUGUUGUGCUUACUUUAUAUGGCACUUUAUGACACACUGAAAUUGAAAAGUGUAUAUUCAGCCUUAGUUAGUCAAAGUAUAGAUUUUACCAGUGUGUUUGGUGAAAAUAAAAUUGAGUAUCUGUGAUUAUUAGGUGUAUUAUAUGUACGCCUACCCAAGAAAUCUUAGGAAAAUCUCCUUUAACACUGAUAAAACUAAUUUAGACACACUGUAGCAUAGUUUUAGUUUUGUAAUUCUGUAAAUUCAGAUGGAUUUUUAUGUAGAAUAUAAGAAAGUUACCAGAUUUCUGUACACAGCAGCUCCAGGCGUGUGGUGUGGUGGUUUUGUCAAAACAUACCCAAAGUGUUUAGGCUCUGACUGCACGGCUGAAACCAUUCAAAGACACACAAGGGUCAAUUAUAACUGCAGUAACAACCCUUUUUCAGAUGGCCUUUCCCGAGAUGUUCAAAGAAAGCAUUAUUUUCACAGAUUUAGACCUGGCUUAUAUUCUUCUACUAUGCAAUAGGUGUUUUAUUUUCGCCGCGUGUGACCACUGGCUGCUAAUAUUACUUCUCUUGAGAUGAAUACAUUUACUUUUUGUGCUUGUACUGCACUAGGAGUUCACAAAGUCAGACAGGCAGCUUCAGGAACCUGCAGUGAGACUUCCUUUCGUAAUAACAAGCAAAGUGAAACAUUAACAGGCACAACAGACAGAAGCGGGUAAUGUUUGUCAAUGUUCCCGUGUAAAUGGGGAUCACUUGGUCCGUUUACCAUUACUGAUCUAACAGCUGGGAAGAAUCCUGAAUGCUGGCAAUGAAAGUUGAGUCUGGAGCUGCUAGUGUUACAGGCUGACAGACGAUGAACUUCUGUGGAGUGGUGCACGCUCAAAAACUGAAAAUUAUCAACCAAAGUAAAAUAUAGUUUAAAUGGUCAGUUUACCCAAAUUGCUAAAAAAAAAAAGUAAUAUUUUGUCACUUGCCUCAAGUGGUAUUGAGCUGAUACAUUUGGUCUUAUCUGCCUCUUAUUUCAUACAGUUCAUGUCUAUGGAAUGUAGCCAUGCUAGCGGCUUAAAUAUUGCGUUGUAAUGAGCUAAAUAUAUUUAAGAUCCCUAAAUCGUUUGUCACUGGUGAUUCUUUGUUCCACCAGAAUAUCAAAAAAUAAAAACAUUUUGAAUUGGUUUAUAACCAAUAAACUAAUACCAUACACAUUAGCUUCAGCUGUGCUUUGUUUUUAGCGCUAAGUAGCUAAAGUUGGCAUGCUAACACGCUAAACUGAGAUCGUGAACAUUACACCCGCUAAACAUUAGCAUGUUGGCAUUGCCAUUGGAAAACGUUAGCACGCUAUUAGCUAGUAAAUCCUCGCAGUGCAGCUAGCAUGACGCUACACUUAUCACAAAUUCAAUUCCAUGUACAUGCAUUGUAUUUAUGGGCAGCAGGAAUCUUAAGAGAAACCCCUAGAGGUAAAUGUUUCCUAUAUUGGGUGAAAUAAGCCUUUAAACUUCUCCAGAAGCCAGUUAUUAUCCAGUUUUUGUUCCUUCUCACUAGGCAAGUUGUUGUGCCAGUACAGUAGUCUCUUUGCUAUAUAAACUUUCACCAACAAAUCACUGUCGUCACUCCCUGUGUAGCUGUAUGGUUGUUUAGUACCUCGUGCAAGGCCUGCGACAUGGCUCCGAGUUCAGGUACUGAUGUAAAUGGUGUAUGUAAAGAUGUUGUAAAUGUACGUAUGAUGGCAACUCCAUGCACUGUCACACAAACAUCAUGAGGGUUGUAUGUAACCAUGUAGAUGCAUUGACUGUUUAAGUGUCCUGUCAGAUAAAUGGAACAUUUGACUUGUAAAUAUAGAUUAAGGCAGAUUGAGACUGCUCAUGUUCAGUACACAGUUGAAUUUUUUUUGUAGUAUUUUUCCACUGUUGGCCUUUAUCAAAGCAUCACUUAUGCACAAAUUAUUUGUUUAAUUGGCACCUUAUUGACAUGUUAACAUGCGUAUUUUCGGGAUUACAUGCAAUUUAUAAUCACACACUUUGUGCUUUGACGUCCUGAUAUGCAGUUUUCUCACCGAAACCUGUCCGAUGCUAAUGCAUACAAUAUCAUUUUCAUAAGACGGGCAGCACAGGUUACACUCUUCCCCCCUGUGUGUGUAUGUGUGCGAUUUUGGUGAUAACAUGAUUGAUCAUCAAAUGCUUUGAGCUGAAAGUCACUUAGAUAUUCUUAAUUUCUUUCCAUUUUUAUUGUUUACUUAUCAGAAACAACAUUAUUCUGCCUCUUAAUGGAGACACCAAAUGAUUAGUAUCAAUUGAAUCACUUAAUUGGCGAGCAAAUGUGUUCUUUUUUUUCUUUUUUACAGAUCAUUACAUAUAUUUUUUAAAUAUCAUUGAUUAUACAAUGUGUACAUCGACAAAUGCAUAAUUUGAAGUGGAAUAUUUCUGAUAAGAUACAAAGGAGAUUCCUUGACAUGUAUAGAUUAUUGGAUAAUGUCAACAAAUGCAAAUUAUUUUUAGUAGCUGAAUAAAGUCACAUGAUGGAAUUCAA